UUGCGCAAGCACCUGGUAGAUGCCCGGAUGUUAUAAUCAGAGAAGAUGCAUCGGUGAAGUCAUGGCAGGAAAAAGAAGACGUUAACAUUUUCACUAAUAUCAUCUGUGUAACACCAUCAAGAUGUCCGGGCAAGACUCAGGCCUGAGAUAUGAUCCUGGUGAGAGCCCUGAGCCCACAGCAGCCAGAGUCAGCACAGGGUCACCAGGUGCACAGAAACCCCACAGCUCGCCCGCUGGCAAGAACCUCCUCGGAGCGGACGCAGGGGGCGUUGGAGGACAUCUCAGUAGUUCCACCCCAGGGAAUGGUGGCCCCCCAGGUUUGGGUCAACAGCAGCAAGGAGGAGGAGCCCAAGGACAGCAACAGCAGCAGCAGAGGACACUAAGUUCCGCUUGGGCCACAGCUCUUGGGGCCGCAGCAACGGCAGCAUCGAUGAAUCGUGCUAAGAGGAGUAACCAGCGGGGGCGUGGGGGCCAGACGAAUCAGAACCCACGCCCACCGCGAGCUCUGUUUUGUUUGACUCUUAAGAAUCCUAUAAGAAGGACAUGCAUAAGUAUUAUAGAAUGGAAGCCGUUCGAAGCUCUUAUAUUGCUAACAAUUUUUGCAAAUUGUGUUGCUCUCGCCAUCUACCUCCCGUACCCCAAAGGGGACUCCAACGAGGUCAACGAUGCUUUGGACAAUGUAGAAAUCGUGUUUCUUAUCAUAUUUGCUGUAGAGGCCAUAUUGAAAAUUAUUGCCUAUGGAUUCCUGUUCCAUCAGGGUGCUUAUCUACGGAAUGGAUGGAAUAUCUUAGAUUUUACUAUAGUUGUUAUAGGAACAUUAAGUACAGUUUUGUCCUACAUGAGGAUCAAAGGGUUCGAUGUAAAGGCCCUUCGAGCUUUCAGAGUCCUUCGGCCUUUGAGAUUAGUAUCAAGGGCGCCCAGCCUCCAGGUGGUGCUGAACUCCAUUAUCAUGGCCAUGGUGCCUUUGUUACACAUUGCCAUGUUGGUGUGUUUUGUUAUCAUAAUCUACGCCAUCGUUGGGCUAGAGCUGUUCUCAGGGAAAAUGCAUAAGACCUGUUACCACAGUAUCACAGAUGAAAUCAUGGAUGACCCCACCCCUUGCGGUUCUUCUUAUAUGUGUGAUGAUGGGUACAACUGUACAGAAAAGCCACAGCCACAGCGCUGGGAGGGACCCAACUCCGGGAUCACCAACUUUGACAACAUAGGUCUAGCUGUGCUCACAGUCUUUCAGUGUGUUACGAUGGAAGGAUGGACAACAGUACUUUACUGGAUCAAUGAUGCAGUAGGAAAUGAAUGGCCGUGGAUGUAUUUUAUAAGUCUCAUCAUCCUAGGUUCAUUCUUUGUACUUAACCUAGUGUUGGGUGUACUCAGUGGAGAAUUUUCCAAAGAGAGGGAGAAGGCAAAAGCUCGAGGAGAUUUUCAAAAAUUGCGAGAGAAACAGCAGCUUGAGGAAGAUCUGAAAGGUUACUUGGAUUGGAUAACCCAAGCAGAGGACAUAGAGGAGGGGGAUGAAGAUGAGGAGGAGGAGGAGGUAGAGCCCACACCUACCCACAAAGCCAAUGAAUCCCAGUCUGAGAAAACUGAAGAAUUAGGCAGUGGAGAAAUGACCCAGAAUCUGUCAUGGUGGCACAGAAAAAGUAAAAGAUUACGGACGUGGAACAAACGUUGUAGAAGAACGUGUAGAAAAAUUGUCAAGUCCCAAGGUUUCUACUGGAUAGUCAUAGUCAUGGUAUUUUUUAACACUUGUGUACUUACAACGGAGCACUACAAGCAGCCAGAAUGGUUAGAUGAGUUCCAGUUUAUUGGAAACCUGUUCUUUGUGAUCUUGUUUGCACUGGAGAUGCUCCUCAAAAUGUACAGUCUAGGCUUCCAGGGAUACUUUGUCUCACUAUUCAACCGGUUUGAUUGCUUUGUGGUGAUAUGCAGUAUUGUGGAAGUGGUGUUGACCAGCACUAAGGUCAUGCCGCCACUGGGAGUCAGUGUGUUACGUUGUGCCAGGUUGCUCAGAGUGUUCAAGGUCACAAGGUAUUGGUCCUCCCUCAGCAAUUUGGUGGCCUCCUUACUAAACAGUAUGCGCUCCAUUGCCAGUCUGUUGUUACUGCUCUUCCUGUUUAUAGUGAUCUUUGCCCUCUUGGGUAUGCAGCUGUUUGGGGGCAAGUUCAACUUCACAGAUAAAUCAAAGCCCAGGAGCAACUUUGAUGACUUCUUCCAGUCAUUAUUAACAGUAUUUCAGAUCCUGACAGGUGAAGAUUGGAAUGAGGUCAUGUAUGACGGUAUCAACUCGUACAAGGGUGUGGCCAGUCCAGGAGUGCUUGUCUGCCUCUACUUUGUUAUUCUUUUCAUUGUUGGUAACUAUAUCCUGUUGAAUGUGUUCUUGGCUAUUGCUGUUGAUAACUUGGCUGAUGCGGAGCAGUUGACAGAGAUGGAGAAGGAGAAAGAAGAGGAGAAGGAGAGACAGAGGUCCAUUAUACGCUCAAAAAGUGGGUCCCCAGAGAGAGAAAAGGAGGUCCAGGGGCCUUGCAGUUGCUGCACUUGUUGUUGGAGCAGAAAGGGAGACAACGAGGAGGACGAGGGGGUGGGUUCUGGCGACAAUGGGGAGAACGAACCUGGUGACGACAAUCAAAACACUGCAAAUUACCAUGACAGAAGUAGUUUCAAACAUGAGAAGAGCCCCAGCAGUAUAGCCAGUGAACACAGGGUGCAUAUAGAGUUAGAUGAUGACCCAGAGAAGUACAGAGGUGGGAAACCACUACAAGGUAAUGGUGGACAUGGCAGAGGAAAAUGUAGAUCUGNUACCCACAAAGCCAAUGAAUCCCAGUCUGAGAAAACUGAAGAAUUAGGCAGUGGAGAAAUGACCCAGAAUCUGUCAUGGUGGCACAGAAAAAGUAAAAGAUUACGGACGUGGAACAAACGCUGUAGAAGAACGUGUAGAAAAAUUGUCAAGUCCCAAGGUUUCUACUGGAUAGUCAUAGUCAUGGUAUUUUUUAACACUUGUGUACUUACAACGGAGCACUACAAGCAGCCAGAAUGGUUAGAUGAGUUCCAGUUUAUUGGAAACCUGUUCUUUGUGAUCUUGUUUGCACUGGAGAUGCUCCUCAAAAUGUACAGUCUAGGCUUCCAGGGAUACUUUGUCUCACUAUUCAACCGGUUUGAUUGCUUUGUGGUGAUAUGCAGUAUUGUGGAAGUGGUGUUGACCAGCACUAAGGUCAUGCCGCCACUGGGAGUCAGUGUGCUACGUUGUGCCAGGUUGCUCAGAGUGUUCAAGGUCACAAGGUAUUGGUCCUCCCUCAGCAAUUUGGUGGCCUCCUUACUAAACAGUAUGCGCUCCAUUGCCAGUCUGUUGUUACUGCUCUUCCUGUUUAUAGUGAUCUUUGCCCUCUUGGGUAUGCAGCUGUUUGGGGGCAAGUUCAACUUCACAGAUAAAUCAAAGCCCAGGAGCAACUUUGAUGACUUCUUCCAGUCAUUAUUAACAGUAUUUCAGAUCCUGACAGGUGAAGAUUGGAAUGAGGUCAUGUAUGACGGUAUCAACUCGUACAAGGGUGUGGCCAGUCCAGGAGUGCUUGUCUGCCUCUACUUUGUUAUUCUUUUCAUUGUUGGUAACUAUAUCCUGUUGAAUGUGUUCUUGGCUAUUGCUGUUGAUAACUUGGCUGAUGCGGAGCAGUUGACAGAGAUGGAGAAGGAGAAAGAAGAGGAGAAGGAGAGACAGAGGUCCAUUAUACGCUCAAAAAGUGGGUCCCCAGAGAGAGAAAAGGAGGUCCAGGGGCCUUGCAGUUGCUGCACUUGUUGUUGGAGCAGAAAGGGAGACAACGAGGAGGACGAGGGGGUGGGUUCUGGCGACAACGGCGAGAACGAACCUGGUGACGACAAUCAAAACACUGCAAAUUACCAUGACAGAAGUAGUUUUAAACAUGAGAAGAGCCCCAGCAGUAUAGCCAGUGAACACAGGGUGCAUAUAGAGUUAGAUGAUGACCCAGAGAAGUACAGAGGUGGGAAACCACUACAAGCAGGAGACAGGAACCCAGAUGAGAGUGGUGAUGAGGUAGACGAGGAUGAGGAGGAUGAACAUCAUAGCUCCAACGCCACAGCUCGACCAAGAAGAAUGUCAGAACUGCACAUCCCCGACAAGGUCAAACCCAUUCCAAACGCCAGCUCACUCUUCAUAUUUUCACCCACCAACAAAAUAAGAAUCUUCUGCCACCAGGUGUGCAAUCAUUCCUAUUUCACCAAUAUUGUACUCGCAUGUAUUCUAAUAAGUAGUGCUAUGUUGGCAGCAGAAGAUCCCUUGAAUGCAGACUCCGAGAGGAAUCAAAUUUUGAAUUAUUUUGACUACUUCUUCACAUCAGUAUUCACAGUUGAAAUCAUCAUCAAGGUGAUUGCCUAUGGUUUCUUUGUCCACAAAGGGUCCUACUGCCGAAGCAUUUUCAACUUACUGGAUCUGCUGGUUGUCUCAGUGUCUCUGAUAUCCAUCUUCCUGGAGAAAGGCGCCUUUUCUGUGGUGAAAAUCCUCAGGGUUCUGAGAGUGUUGAGGCCGUUACGUGCCAUCAACAGAGCUAAAGGUUUGAAGCAUGUUGUUCAGUGUGUGAUCGUGGCAAUCAAGACAAUCGGCAACAUCAUGUUAGUCACCUUCCUCCUCAAUUUCAUGUUUGCUGUGAUAGGAGUGCAGCUGUUUAAGGGGAGAUUCUAUCAUUGCACUGAUGAAUCCAAAAUGACGGAAGAAGAAUGCCAGGGCUGGUUUAUAGAGUAUGCAGGGGAUGAUUUAUCAAACCCCAGCGAACAAAAGCGUGAGUGGGUGAACAACCCUCUGAACUAUGAUGAUGUGUCACAGGGUCUCCUCACUUUAUUUACUGUUGCCACUUUUGAAGGUUGGCCAGGGCUCCUGUAUACUUCCAUAGACUCCAAUGAGGAGAGCCAAGGUCCUAUUUACAACUACCGACAGGCCGUGGCUGUAUUCUACAUCAUCUUCAUCAUCAUCAUUGCUUUCUUCAUGGUGAACAUCUUUGUAGGUUUUGUUAUUGUCACAUUUCAAAAUGAGGGUGAACAGGAGUAUAAAGGAUGUGAGCUCAAUAAGAAUCAGAGAAAAUGCAUAGAAUUUGCCUUAAAAGCCAAGCCUACCAGACGGUACAUCCCCAAGGCCCGCAUCCAGUACAAGAUCUGGUGGUUUGUGACGUCAAGGGCCUUUGAAUACUCCAUCUUUGGUCUUAUUUUAUUUAAUGUGAUGGCUCUAGCCAUGAAGUAUGAUGGCAUGAGUGAUGGUUACUCCCAGUUCCUAAGCGUAAUGAACAUCAUCUUCACGGCUGCCUUCACAGCAGAGUGUGUGCUCAAGUUGAUAGCGUUCAAGUUCAAGAACUAUUUUGGAGAUGCCUGGAAUGUCUUUGACUUUAUCAUAGUCCUUGGGAGUUUUAUAGACAUCAUCUACACCAAAGUCAAUGAAGGGGAAAAAAUGAUCAGCGUCAACUUUUUCCGUCUGUUCCGUGUAAUGAGGCUGGUGAAGCUGCUUAGUCGGGGAGAGGGAAUACGGACUUUAUUGUGGACUUUUAUCAAGUCUUUUCAGGCAUUGCCUUAUGUUGCACUGCUGAUCGUGAUGUUAUUCUUCAUCUAUGCAGUAAUUGGGAUGCAGGUGUUUGGUAAAAUUGCUCUGGAUGAUGAUACCCCCAUGACGAGGAAUAACAACUUCCAGACGUUUCCCCAGGCUGUCUUGGUUCUCUUCAGGUCAGCAACAGGGGAGGCAUGGCAGGAUGUCAUGUUAGGGUGCAUCAGCACAGAAGAUGUCGCCUGUGAUCCAGCAUCAGACUCACAGGAUAAAGAGAGUUGUGGCAGCGAUUUUGCAUAUGUAUAUUUCAUCUCGUUCUACAUUCUGUGCUCAUUCUUGAUCAUUAACCUCUUUGUGGCUGUUAUCAUGGACAACUUUGAUUACCUGACUCGGGAUUGGUCCAUCCUUGGGCCGCAUCAUUUAGACGAGUUUGUUCGCUUGUGGUCUGAGUAUGACCCUGAUGCAAAGGGCAGAAUAAAACACUUAGAUGUUGUGACUUUACUAAGAAAAAUCUCUCCUCCUCUGGGAUUUGGUAAACUCUGCCCACAUAGAGUGGCAUGUAAAAGACUGGUUUCCAUGAACAUGCCUCUAAAUAGUGAUGGUACUGUGAUGUUCAAUGCAACUUUAUUUGCCCUAGUUAGGACCUCUUUAGGCAUAUACACUACAGGUAAUAUAGACUCUGCCAAUGAAGAGUUGCGUUCUGUGAUAAAGAAGAUAUGGAAAAGAACGAGUCCAAAGUUACUGGACCAAGUGGUGCCACCUGCAGGAAGGGAUGACGAUGUGACUGUGGGCAAAUUCUAUGCAACUUUCCUCAUCCAGGAUUACUUCCGCCGCUUCAAGAAGCGGAAGGAACAGCUUGCCAAGAUGCAAAACUUAGGGCACGAACAUACAUCUGCCUUACAGGCUGGUCUGCGAGCAGUGCAUGACCUGGGCCCAGAGAUCCGCCGCGCUAUCUCUGGGAAUCUAGAAGAGGACGAGUUUCCCACUCAAGAAGAAUUACCUAUGCACAGAAGAAAUCAUAGCUUAUUUGGCACAGUGAUGUCAGCCUUUGGGUCAAAACCCAGAAGCAACUCCCUGCAAGUCAACUCCACGCAACCUCAUCCAAAAGUAUCGCCAACAAAUUCACUUAAUGUGACGCCUGUGCCCCAUUUGACUUUGUCCCCUCAGCAUUCAUACAGCAAUGGCGGCCCAUCACCACAGCCGUCACCUGUUCCUUCCACCAAUCAUCUCAAUGUGGAUCAUCAUAAUAAUGUCAACCAUUCGCCACAACCAGCUCACGACAGGCGGUCGCCAUCCUCACCGAUUAACUUAUCAAGCACUGGCUCCCUCUAUCAUGUUGAGACCGACCCUAUGCUUGGACAGCGGGAUCCUCCACUGUCAAACCUAUCUCUUGAGGUGCCACAUUACUCAAAUACUUUUAUUCCACCUGUACCGUCACGGCUGGAAGCUCACCGUGGCUCCGGCUCUGGGUCUGCUGAGCACAUUCCAUUGCAAGCUUUUGGCAAUGAGGAGCGUACCUCAUCUUCUUCACCCAGGAUUCUGCCACUAACACGUAAACAGGGUCCUUUUGUUUACCGAGACUUGCCUCAGGAGGAUAGUGAUAUUGAACGAGAACAACACUCCCCACCCUCCCCGCCUCCUCCCCGAAAACUCAGUCGUAGAGGCGCCUCUUUCAAGCUGGCAUGCAUUGGGAAGCAGGACAGUGACGAGAAUCCUUUGAGACUGGUCUCCAUGAACAUGCCUCUAAAUAGUGAUGGUACUGUGAUGUUCAAUGCAACUUUAUUUGCCCUAGUUAGGACCUCUUUAGGCAUAUACACUACAGGUAAUAUAGACUCUGCCAAUGAAGAGUUGCGUUCUGUGAUAAAGAAGAUAUGGAAAAGAACGAGUCCAAAGUUACUGGACCAAGUGGUGCCACCUGCAGGAAGGGAUGACGAUGUGACUGUGGGCAAAUUCUAUGCAACUUUCCUCAUCCAGGAUUACUUCCGCCGCUUCAAGAAGCGGAAGGAACAGCUUGCCAAGAUGCAAAACUUAGGGCACGAACAUACAUCUGCCUUACAGGCUGGUCUGCGAGCAGUGCAUGACCUGGGCCCAGAGAUCCGCCGCGCUAUCUCUGGGAAUCUAGAAGAGGACGAGUUUCCCACUCAAGAAGAAUUACCUAUGCACAGAAGAAAUCAUAGCUUAUUUGGCACAGUGAUGUCAGCCUUUGGGUCAAAACCCAGAAGCAACUCCCUGCAAGUCAACUCCACGCAACCUCAUCCAAAAGUAUCGCCAACAAAUUCACUUAAUGUGACGCCUGUGCCCCAUUUGACUUUGUCCCCUCAGCAUUCAUACAGCAAUGGCGGCCCAUCACCGCAGCCGUCACCUGUUCCUUCCACCAAUCAUCUCAAUGUGGAUCAUCAUAAUAAUGUCAACCAUUCGCCACAACCAGCUCACGACAGGCGGUCGCCAUCCUCACCGAUUAACUUAUCAAGCACUGGCUCCCUCUAUCAUGUUGAGACCGACCCUAUGCUUGGACAGCGGGAUCCUCCACUGUCAAACCUAUCUCUUGAGGUGCCACAUUACUCAAAUACUUUUAUUCCACCUGUACCGUCACGGCUGGAAGCUCACCGUGGCUCCGGCUCUGGGUCUGCUGAGCACAUUCCAUUGCAAGCUUUUGGCAAUGAGGAGCGUACCUCAUCUUCUUCACCUAGGAUUCUGCCACUAACACGUAAACAGGGUCCUUUUGUUUACCGAGACUUGCCUCAGGAGGAUAGUGAUAUCGAACGAGAACAACACUCCCCACCCUCCCCACCUCCUCCCCGAAAACUCAGUCGUAGAGGCGCCUCUUUCAAGCUGGCAUGCAUUGGGAAGCAGGACAGUGACGAGAAUCCCUUGAUGCACAGGAAGAUUGCUGAGCCACUCAAAUUAACACAGUCACAGGCCAUGGCGGUAGCAGGUAUAAGUCCUGAAGGUCGCAGCGGUCCCCUGGAGAUUCCACGGCAAUCAUCAACCCCCAGGAUGCAGCCACAGCCCCCACCACCUUCUCCAGGUUAUGCUAGUCAUCAGUCUUCCCUCCCCACAGCCCCCUCACUCGACCCUUCCUCUAGUUCCCCGAGCUCAAACCGUGAAGCGACUGCUGCCUAUUUUCAAGCCCUCGAAGAGGGCCGCCUUUCUAUCCCCUCCACACAGUCUCCGCAGUGGUCACCACAGCAUAAGAUGUAUGGAGUUGGCGGGAAAGAUAUAUUUAAUAAGUUGUUUGUAGCCCCCUCACUCGACCCUUCCUCUAGUUCCCCGAGCUCAAACCGUGAAGCGACUGCUGCCUAUUUUCAAGCCCUCGAAGAGGGCCGCCUUUCUAUCCCCUCCACACAGUCUCCGCAGUGGUCACCACAGCAUAAGAUGUAUGGAGUUGGCGGGAAAGAUAUAUUUAAUAAGACUUUAGAAGAAGAAGGCCUUAAACAUUACAUCGAUGCACAAUGUCUACAGCGCGAGAUAGCCGAGGCCAACGACAUGACCCAGGCCGAGAUAGACCAGGCAGCACGUGACCUACUCCACAGGUCACCAUACUACGACCAUCUGGGUGGGUACAGCGCACAGGAAAUGAGGGACUUCAAUCAGUAUUCAACGCCAGAGGACAGGGGUGAUAUGGCAGAUACAGCAGAGAAAAAGAAAGAUCAGACUAAUUACAUCACAACUGUAUAGCGCUUGUGCAAUAUGGCCACCCCCUGUGGUGGUCUGGUGGUUCUAGAAUUCUUUUGUUUGCAGAUGCUGCCAUCAGAUGGCAGCAGUGUGUGUGCUAUUCCCAGCCCAGCUCCAUAUAGCACGUGU